ACUACCAGAUCACCCCUGGCGAAGUGUGUUUCUCGAAAUCAUCACCGCCAUGGACAACAGAGGGUCGUCACAGAAAGGGUCACUCCUGCUCCUACUGCUGCUGGUGUCAAAUCUGUUCUUGUGCAAGAGCGUGGCCUCCCUGCCCAUCUGCCCCAGCGGGGCUGUCAACUGCCAGGUGUCCCUUCGAGACCUGUUCGACCGUGCAGUCAUCCUGUCCCACUACAUCCAUAACCUCUCCUCGGAAAUGUUCAACGAAUUUGAUAAAAGGUAUGCCCAGGGCAGAGGGUUCAUUACCAAGGCCAUCAACAGCUGCCACACCUCCUCCCUCUCUACGCCUGAAGACAAAGAGCAAGCCCAACAGAUCCAUCAUGAAGUCCUCCUGAACUUGAUACUGAGAGUGCUGCGCUCCUGGAAUGACCCGCUGUAUCACCUGGUCACGGAAGUGAGGGGUAUGCAGGAAGCCCCAGAUGCUAUCCUCUCAAGAGCCAUAGAGAUCGAGGAACAAAACAAACGGCUUCUAGAAGGCAUGGAGAAGAUAGUCGGCCAGGUCCAUCCUGGAAUCAAGGAGAAUGAGGUCUACUCUGUGUGGUCCGGACUUCCCUCCCUGCAGAUGGCUGAUGAAGACACUCGCCUUUUUGCUUUUUAUAACCUGCUCCACUGCCUACGCAGGGAUUCACAUAAGAUUGACAAUUAUCUCAAGCUUCUCAAGUGCCGAAUCAUCUACGACAGCAACUGCUAAGCCCACGUCCAUCCCGUCUGUUUCUUAACGCUCCAUCCCAUAGAAAGAUUCUUUUAGUUUUAUAGCUUUUUAAUGCAUGCUUGGGUGUAACGCAUCUCCUCUUAAAAAAAUAAAGACUCCGUAGAGAUGUCAAAAAUCUUAAAAA